CGCCGAGUACGUACUCUUUCUGCCCUGCCCCUCCAAAGAACUUCGAGUACGGGUCGCAGAGUCAACCCCACCAAUUCCAAGUCGGCUUUCGUGAGUCAACGAUCGCGUGCGCUCGACAACCUCGUCUUGUCCAGGGCUGCUCCAGACUCCGAAAACUACAUUCACUCGACCUCGCCGAGGCCACUCAGUCCGAACAAUGGCCACCAUGUCGGCGUCCGAGAGGUUCGCUCUCAUUAAUGAGAACCUGGCCGAGAUCUUGAACCCCGAAAUCAUCGAGAAGAUCCUGGAAGAAGGGCGCAACCCCCGAGUCUACUGGGGUACGAUUUGUGGAAUUGACACCGGGCACCUUGACUGACAAUGUCUAUAGGAACUGCCACCACCGGUCGUCCUCACUGCGGCUACUUCGUGCCUGCCAUCAAGAUCGCACAACUUCUCGCUGCCGGCUGCGAUGUCACCAUUCUUCUCGCCGAUAUCCACGGCUUCCUUGACAACCUCAAGGCCCCUCUCGAACUUGUCGCGCAUCGAGCCGAAUACUAUAGACUAAUCAUCAAGGCCAUCCUCGAGGCCGUUGGCGUAUCGACUGAGAAGUUGCGUUUUGUCCUGGGCAGCGACUACCAAAAAAGCUCCGAGUAUGUCAUGGACGUGUACAAGAUGUCGUCCCUGAUUUCAGAGCACGACGCGAAGCGCGCGGGUGCCGAGAUUGUCAAGCAAACAGACAACGCGCCGCUCAGUGGCUUGCUCUACCCGAUAUUACAGGUUCUCGACGAGCAGUACCUGGACGUGGAUGCCCAGUUCGGAGGACUCGACCAGCGAAAACUUUUCAUUGCCGCAAAGGACUGGCUGCCAAAGAUAGGCUACAGAGAGCGUGCGCACAUCAUGAACCCCAUGGUUCCCGGUCUUCACGGUGGCAAGAUGAGCUCUAGCGACCAAGACAGCAAGAUUGACCUCCUGGACGCCCCUGAGGUUGUCACGAAGAAGAUCAAGAAAGCUGUGUCCGCCCCGACAGUUAUCGAGGAGAACGGCGUUCUUGCCUUCGUAGAGUUCGUUCUAUUACCUGCUGCGGCGCUGCGAGGCAAACGAGAAUUCGUCGUUGAUCGCGAGCGAGACGGUCUCGAGCCCCUGGUGUACACGGACAUCGCACAUAUGCAAGACGAUUACAAGAAUGACAAGCUGACCCCGCAAUUGCUGAAACCGGCCGUCGCGAAAGCGCUAAAUCAGCUCCUAGCGCCCAUCCAGGAGUCGUUCCAAGCCUCCAAGGAGUGGCAGGAAAUCAACCUGAAGGCCUACCCACCGCCUCCCAAGAAAGAGAAGAAGGUCAAGGACAAGGGGUCGCGCCACCCUGGCAAGCAAAACCAGCAACAGCUACCAAUCCGCGAAGACCAGUGAAGGGCACUGAACAUUGGAAGUACUUCAAGCAUAGAUCAACGAUAUAGACAAGCCAAUUGAAUCAGACUCUAGCUAUAGGCCUGAGCAACAUCUCGGAAACCGACGCCAACUUUGCGCUCGAGGUCUUUUCUACUCUCAUCGUCCAUGUGUCGCCGUUGCAAACGCUUUAUACCAUGCUGG